UCCAACAAAAUUUCAAAAACACAUUUCGUUUUAUUUACAAACAAAAAUUAAAUAUUUACUCAAAAUUUCAUUUUCAAAAUUCAAAAUACCAAGAAAAGCCACCAGCUUCCGCCAUUCAAAUACACUGAAAGAAACAGGCAUAAUUACUAAUAAGAGAGUAAAGUUCCACAUUGCAUAAUUAAUGGUUGUUCUGUGCUCUACGACAGAGGAUAAAGCUAUUGCUUUAGCCUAUAUCAGUUUAGGAUUUUGGGCAUUUUGCACAUUAUUCCAUACAUUGAUUAUACUGGUGCAUGCCAGUUUGGAUACCAUAGAACUGAAACGCUGUGAUACGGCGUUAAUUAGAUUUGUGAAGACAUCGCCCAUUGAUUUUCACUUCAAUUCGCUGUUUGGUGAUUUACUACGCACUGGUGCCUCAUUUAUACUACUCAAAGCAAUUAAUGACUGCAACACCAAUAUGCUUGUGAACUUUUUGCGCUUCAAAUAUAUUGAAGUAUUUCUUCUACUCAUUUUAUUUAUGGUCAGCUGCUUUAGAGAAGAAGCGAAUGCCUUUGUGAAGGCUUAUUAUACGAUGUCGCUGGUUCUUGAUUUGGCAAUGCUUUAUAUUAUAUUCAAAUAUUGCUGCGAGCUCUUGGCCAAUAAGUGAGCAGGAAAUGAAAUUCACUUCCUUGAAAGCGCUUGUAUACAGGGUGUAUGUGUGUGUGGAAUUAAAGCGUCCAGCGGCAAUGAAAAAUUGAAGAGUUAUAGAAAUAAUUCAGUAAAAAUUAUACAAAAAUUAAUUUUAUGCAAUGUUAUAUAUCAAAUUUUUGUAACAAAAGUGUAUUUUAUGACAAAAAAUAUAUUAAUGUGAAAUAAAAAAAUUGCAAACAU